AAAAUCAAGGGGUCAGCCUGGAUAACCCACGGACAGGGGCACAGGGCAACCCUAGCUGGAAAAUGCACACCUGGAUCAUGUGGCCUAUCUUCAUCGGCGCUUUGCCGUGCUGGAAGAUCGUCGCCUCCGAUCUCCAUAACCCGGUGCAAUGACAGAAUGGUUAUGAAGAAGGAGCUCCAACUUCAAGUCUACCUAGAAUCGUGCUUACACUCUCCCUUUCCUAUAUUUGGAAUGGAUUCCACUGCCUACCCUGCUCCUUCCUCUGCCAUCAAACCUUACCCAAGCUUCCUUUGAUUUCUUCGUCUCUCUGCCUCACUCUUUACUCAUAUUUGUCUUGAUUUAAUACACAAGCCUUUGGAUGGCCUCAACACCUCCGCAGUGUUCAAUUACUGCAGCAAAACCAUACCAAAACCACCCUUAUCCUCAGAACAACCGCCACUUCAGAAACCAACGCCAUGACCACCACCAGAACAAUCGAUAUUGGGCCUCUAACAAAGUCUUUGCUACAAAACCUUCUCCUAUACCUCGCAAUGCAUCAAAAUCGGGCACCAUCCCUGGCCCCGUCCCCCAAAACCCCAGCCUUUCAUCUUUCUGUUCUCUUCCUUCCCCAAAAUCUGAACUUGCUGCAGACUUCUCUGGUCGACGUUCUACCCGGUUUGUCUCCAAAAUGCACCUUGGACGACCUAAAUCUGGUUUAAGCAGCCCCCACUCCUCCAUAGCUGAGGAUGUCCUGCAGCAUGUCAUGCAAUGCAAUAAUGAUGUAGGGGCUCUUGAAGACAUAUUGGUUAAAUUUGAACAUAAGCUACGUAGAUGUGAUGAUUAUGCAUAUUUAAUCCGUGAACUUGGGAAUAGAGGUGAAUGCUGGAAAGCAAAUAGGUGUUUUGAAUUUGCUGUAAGAAGGGAGAAGAGAAAGUAUGAGCAGGGCAGAUUAACUAGCACGAUGAUUAGUACCCUUGGUAGGUUAGGGAAGGUUGAUCUUGCAAAGAAGGUCUUUGAAAUGGCGAAGGAUAAAGGGUAUGGAAACACGGUUUAUGCUUUUUCUGCGAUAAUUAGUGCAUAUGGGCGUAAUGGUCACUAUGAUGAAGCAAGAAGGAUCUUUGAGUCAAUGAAACAAUCUGGUCUAAAACCAAAUCUGGUUACAUAUAAUGCAGUGAUUGAUGCUUGUGGGAAAGGGGGCGUGGAAUUUAAGAGAGUAGUGGAGAUCUUUGAUGAAAUGCUGAUAAAUGGUGUUCAACCUGAUCGAAUUACUUAUAAUUCACUUCUUGCGGUUUGCAGUAGAAGUGGGUUGUGGGAGGCAGCUCAAAAUUUAUUCAGUGAGAUGGUUGAGAGAGGGAUCGACCAGGAUAUUUUCACUUACAAUACAUUUUUGGAUGCACUGUGCAAAGGUGGACAGAUGGAUUUGGCCAUUCAGGUCAUGGCUGAGAUGCCUGCAAAGAAAAUUUUGCCCAAUGUGGUGACUUAUAGUACUAUGGUUGAUGGUUAUGCCAAGGCUGGUAGAUUAGAAGAGGCACUGAAUUUUUUCAAUGAAAUGAAAUUUAUGUCAAUUGGUCUUGAUAGGGUCUCAUAUAACACACUGCUUUCAAUUUAUGCAAAGCUUGGCAGGUUUGAGGAGGCCAUGGGCAUAUGCAAAGACAUGGAGAGUUGUGGGAUAAAGAAGGAUGUUGUAACAUACAAUUCACUUUUGGGUGGUUAUGGCAAGCAGGGGAAGUAUGAUGAAGUUCAGAGAGUAUUUAAAGAGAUGAAAGCAGAAAAUGUAUAUCCAAAUGUGUUAACUUAUUCAACAUUGAUUGAUGUGUACUCAAAAGGUGGAAUGUAUAAGGAGGCAAUGGAGGUUUUUAGGGAGUUCAGGAACGCAGGAUUGAAGGCUGAUGUUGUCCUUUAUAGUGCAUUAAUUGACGCUCUUUGCAAGAAUGGAUUAGUUAAAUCUGCGGUGAUGUUGCUUGAUGAGAUGACAAAGGAAGGAAUUAAGCCCAAUGUUGUCACUUACAAUUCCAUAAUUGAUGCCUUUGGUCGGUCUGCAGCUGUGGAAUGUGCUUGUGAUGGCUUUGCUCAAUCUAGUGAUCAUCAACUAGAAACUUCAUAUCUGAGGCUUAUUGAGGGCCCUGUCCAAGACGAGGUGGAAGUUAAGGAGGACAACAAAAUCAUCAAGAUGUUUGGGCAGCUUGCUGCUGAAACAUCAGGCCUUGCAAUCAACGAUGAAGGGAGCAAACAAGACAUUUCCUACAUAUUAGGGGUCUUCCAGAAAAUGCAUGAGCUGGAAAUUAAACCAAAUGUCGUCACAUUCUCUGCCAUUUUGAAUGCUUGCAGCCGUUGCAAUUCAUUUGAAGAUGCUUCAAUGUUAUUGGAGGAGCUCCGCCUAUUUGAUAACCAGGUUUAUGGUGUGGCCCAUGGACUGCUUAUGGGUUACAGGGAAAACAUUUGGGUUCAGGCUCAAUUACUGUUUGAUGAAGUCAAGCAUAUGGAUUCUUCAACAGCUUCUGCCUUUUAUAAUGCCCUUACUGACAUGCUUUGGCACUUUGGUCAGAAACGAGGGGCCCAGCUCGUUGUGCUUGAAGGGAAACGUCGAAAUGUUUGGGAGAGUGUCUGGUCUGAUUCUUGCUUGGAUCUGCAUCUGAUGUCUUGUGGUGCUGCUUGUGCAAUGGUGCAUGCAUGGUUGCUCAAUAUCCGUUCAGUUGUUUAUGAAGGCCGUGAACUGCCUAAGCUAUUAAGCAUUCUGACCGGAUGGGGCAAGCACAGCAAAGUAGUUGGCGAUGGCACUUUGAGAAGAGCUAUCGAGGCACUUCUCAAUGGCAUGGGCGCGCCCUUUCAGGUCGCCGAGUGUAAUUUAGGUAGGUUUAUAUCUGCAGGAUCUGUGGUCGCUGCCUGGCUGAAAGAACCAGGCACAUUAAACUUGCUUGUACUUCAUGAUGACAAGAGUAAUCCUGAAGACGCAAAAUCAGGAAGAAUUUAUGAUUUGAAAAUGCUCAGCUUGUAGAUAAGUGUAUGUGUUCGUCCCUCCCUUUUUUCGCCAUUGAAGUGUAAAUGUGUAUGUUUUGCUAGGGGACCACAUUUUACUAGACCAUAUGGCCAUUCGUGAGGUUUAAAUUACCAGACAAAACACAAGAUCCAAGCACUUGGGAUCGCUGAAUCCCAAUCAUGAUAAAUGCAAUGAGUCAAUUUUUUUUUUU